GCUGGCUACUGAAAUGUCGUCUUUAGGGCGCUGCUCAGUCGAAUCUGCGGGAACAGCCACCAGCCUCUGCAAUAGCCAUCAGCGGUCGCUGACUGUCUUCUGCCAGGAGUGUGGAGUAGCCUUGUGCGACAGCUGCUUGUCCAACGGCGAUCAUCGCAAUCACCAAUUCUCAAGUCUUCUAGACGCAUGCAUGAAACGAUUAGAUGAACUAAUGAAAAACAACAAAGAACUGGCAAGAAGUAUCAAGAAGCAAGGCAAUUUCACUUCAGAUGCAUCAAUCACUAAUAGCAUCAAAUAUAUAGAGGCCAACUUUCUAAAAACUAAAGAGAACCUAGAUGCUAUGUUCAGUGAGCUCAGAGACCUGCUGGAGGUGAACAAGAUCCAGGCCUUCAAACUGUUAGCCGCCCAACAGAAGCACAUGGAGGCACAACUCACUGAGCUCAAGACAAAGGCAGAAAUCCAUGAGGAACUAGAACGGCUUAAGAUCCAGACAGGACAAACCCCAGACAAUGCUUCUUCUGUGCAGACUCAAUGUGUGGAACUGGAGAAAAGAAUUGAAAUCAUUGACAAUAACUUUGUUGACUGGGAAAAAAAAGAUGAUCAUCUCAGACGGAAAUCACUGGAGAACUCUGUCCGUAUGAUCCUUGAGAAGAGCAAAUCAUGUCUGACACACCCAUUGAAGUUUGUUGACUUCAUCACAUUUGACAAAAACACGGCCCAUGAGAAGCUGAGCGUGUCGGAGGAUAAUAGACAGGUGACUCUCUUCGCUAAGGACAUGCAGAGUAACCAAAGUCAACCAGACAAAGCUCAGGAUGCCCGACUACUGCAUGUGCAAGCAGAGCAGACCUUCACCGCUGGCCAGCACUACUGGGAGGUGGACGUGCGAGGGUGUCGGAGCUGGGAGAUAGGUGUGGUGGGAGAAGAGGGGACAGAGAAGCUCUCCUGGACGCUGAGGCUGGACGACGGCGUGCUGACAGCGCUGCAUAACCAUGGCGACUUCAGAGUGAGAGAGCAGGACCUCUUGUUCCUCGGCGUGUUCCUCGACUGCGACAAGGGCCGCCUGUGGUUCUACAACGUCGACACUGAUGCCACCAUACACACGUUUCCGGUCCGCCGUGGCAGCGGCAGGACGAUGCGGCCGGUGUUCAGCAUCGCCCCUGAGGAGGAGGACGAGUUUUCCUGUCUGGUCCUGUGUAACAUUUGUGAGAAUGACCCGAGGCCUGCAAGCAUGGCUGACUCAUGCGUGGACUCGCCAAACGCCCACUGAUCCUCCAAGGCCCGCUUAUCCGAGCCCUGCCUGCCGUGUUUUCUUCUAACUACCACAGUUGUUCGUUUGUCUUUUAAAUUAUUUAUUUACAACUUAAGUAUAUUCGGAAAUCUGAGUAAAACACCUUCCAUGUUAAAAAAAAAGUUAAUUAUCUAUCAAAAUGUUUGUGUAUUACAUCAAAAUAAAUGUGCAUAC